AACGCAAAUUCAAUCACUCAAAAAUUCAAUUCCAAAUCCUAAAUAUACUCAAAAAAAUAAAACAGAGAAAAUGGAAACGGAAGAAAAGUAACAGUCAAUCAGUUGAACCUCAAAGUCUUAACAAGCCUGCCGCUCCUACAUUCGGUAUGGAGCUCACCCGCCCACGGUUCAAUCACAACAACCACACCGCCACCGUUUAUUAACUACUUACUACACCCCCAUUCUCUGGCGCUAUUCCAUUUCACACCCCCAAUCCCUAUAAAAUUUCACUCUUUCUUCUAAAUCUUCUACACCUUAUGGCUUCCGUGGAAUCAGAAGAACGAGUUCCCCAAGUUCAAAACAGCGUCGAUGAAGACACAAACAACAACGUAGAGGAGCUCAAUAACAAAAUCAAAAACACCAAAACGAAGAAGAGGAAUAAGAACUAUUUCCCUAGAUUUGGUUGUUUUAGAAUCGAACACGAUGAUACAGGUGAUGGUUUUGAUAUACAAGUUGUUGAUGCUUCAGGUCACAGUUCUAACCCUACUCACUUGAUCGUUAUGGUUAAUGGUCUCAUUGGAAGUGCUGAGAAUUGGAAAUAUGCUGCUAAACAGUUUCUGAAAAGGUACCCCUAUGAUGCUAUUGUACAUUGCAGUGAAAGUAAUUCUUCAAAGUUGACAUUUGAUGGUGUUGAUGUAACAGGAGAUAGAUUAGCAGAGGAGGUUAUAUCAGUUAUAAAACGCCACCCAAGUGUUCAGAAAAUUUCAUUUAUAGCUCAUUCUUUAGGUGGCUUGAUUGCAAGGUAUGCAAUAGCCAAGCUUUAUGAACGAGAUAUUUCGAAGGAACUAUCUCAAGGGAAUGAACAUUGUGAGAGUCAGAUUUCAAAGCAAGAAUGUCAUGAUAGAAAAUAUGAAGGAAAAAUUGCAGGACUGGAGCCUAUUAAUUUUAUUACGUCUGCAACGCCACACCUUGGUUGUAGAGGGCAUAAGCAGGUUCCUCUGUUUUGUGGAUUUCGCUCUUUGGAGAAAACAGCAUCUCGUCUUUCAUGGUUUCUUGGUAAAACAGGAAAGCACCUAUUUUUAACUGAUGGUAAGAAUGGAAAGCCUCCUCUUCUUCUCCAGAUGGUCCAUGACUCCGAAGAUAUUAAAUUCAUGUCUGCUUUGGGGUCCUUCAAACGCCGCGUUGCCUAUGCAAAUAUUCGUUAUGACCAGAUGGUUGGAUGGAGCACAUCGUCUAUAAGGCAUAGAAACGAGCUUCCAAAGCGUCGACAUCUUAAAAGACACGAGAAGUACCCACAUAUUGUAAAUGAAGAGACAGCAAAACCUACUUCUGUUCCAGAGGAAGUUCCAAUUAAAUCCAAAGUUAGUUGUAGAUCCUGUAAAAUUGACUUGGAAGAGGAAAUGAUUAGAGGCUUAACAACACUAAGUUGGGAUCGAGUUGAUGUUAGCUUCAGUGGUAGCAGGCAGAAAUAUCUCGCACAUAAUGCAAUUCAGGUUCAGACUUACAGCAUCAAUUCCGAUGGAGCUGAUGUGGUCCAACAUAUGAUUGACGAUUUUCGGUUAUAGAACUUUCCUGUAUUACACCCCUUCUAGCUGAUAGAGUAAUGCCACUCAGUUUUCAUCUCGGGGGAGUCGAGCAGGGAGAAAGUUUGUGAACAUUCCCACCAACAUAUUUUGCCAGAGUACUAAUGAGGGUUUAUGUAGCAUGCAUGAAGUUAUAGGUUAAAAUUUCAGCAUUAGUUGUAUUACAAAAAUGCCAUUGGAAGAUGAAAAAAUAUAGGCCAGGAAGGCAAGAAGUAUUAGGACACAAGAUGGAGAGAUAUAUUGAUAUAAGUAUGGGAAACGUGAUUAUUAUUUUUACCUAACAUUAAUAAACACGCAUGCAUGAGAUUUGAGGUGCUUCCAAGUUUGCUUUAAAAUGUGUAAUUGCUAUCGUUCUCAAUGUAAGGAUAAAGGGGUUAUAUUUUCAAAGAAAUGUUUACACUCAUGCUUUA